AUGGCACAGCGUGAUGCCGCUGGCAUGGCCGAGCUGCUCGAAGUGUGCUGCCUUUGGCACUCCACAUGGGCCACGCUGCAAACAUACAUUGGGGCUGGCGAUGCUCUCGAAAAGAUCGACGCCAUGUGGAAACAAGGGAUGCUUGACCAGGAGCUCAAGAUGCAUGUGAAAUCGCAAAGCGCCGACUUUGACUGCAAGAAGCUGUCCUUCGUCUUGGAGGCCAAGGGCGUCGUGCAGGACUAUGAGAUCGAGCGCGCCCAGGGCCGGAUCCAGUCAGCGUUCAAGCAGUCCUUGGUUGCGGGCUGGAACCUGUUCAAAACAAACCUGGAGUCGGACCAGGUGGCCCACCGCAGGCACUUGGUGGCAGCUUCUGGAGAUACCCAACGGGCCAGGGCAGGGGUGGUCAAUGCGUUGCAGGACUCGGGUUCUACCUCAAAAUGCGAUCAGUGCAUGUUAUUCAGCCAGGCAGAGGCGGAUGCGGACAACAGCGGGGCCCUGUCUGCCAAAAUGGAACCAUGGUUGCAGGCAACGUUGGCUGGCUUCAAUGGUGGCAUUCGCCGAGCCGACAAUGAGUGCAUCAUUGGGUUUGUCAACUUCCCGGUGGCUGGAGUUGUUUCCUCGUGGAAGCAACACUUUGCCUUGCAGCAGGUCACAUCGUUGUGCCACGCGUUCCCACGAACCUUUCUUGCUGUACUAGUCCUUCCAAACAGGGCCGGGGACUUGCGAUCCUCUGCAUCGAAGGCUGAGAAGGCGGAGGAGUCUGACGAAGGCAGAGAGGACAACGAGCAAGACGAGGAUGUCAAAGAAGAGAAAGGUGCGGAUGAUGAUGAGCCACUAGAUGCUGACAGCAUCUUGCGAGACUUUCACCACAAGCUGCAAUGUGCCUACAUGGAGAGGGAGCGCAACCUCAAGGUGAGGCUUGGGCAGGUCAUCUUCUCGCCAAGCAGCGUCUACGGCACUCGUUCAGCCUUCCAUCAAGUUCUGCUGGUCAUGGCGAACGAUCGCCAGAAUGUGUUCCAGAAGUCUUCUUUCUGGAAGACUCGGGUGGUGUCUGAUGUGGAGAUGCUGCCUCGGGCAUCCAUGGUCAAGCUCCCCAAAGGGGACACACGGUAUGGUUCAGAGGGUCGCUUUACCCGUGUUCAGGAGCUGAAGCAGGCCUGCGGUGGGACUUCGUUCUGCGGCUCCAUCUUCGAGGCCCUUCUCCCUCACAACGACUGCCCGACUUGCAUCCUGGACUUCCUUGGCUACGACUCGUGGCCCGCGACGUAUGCCAUGACGCAAGUGUCGCGAGGCCGCCGAUGGGCGGCGGGCAGCAUAGGCCACAGCAACUCGGAGACCACCCACUGCGCAAACUUGAUUGCGCAAAAGGUGUUCGGGCUUGCGCGGUCUGCGGCCCUGAAGGUCGCAGGGUUCCCUCGCUUUGAGGAGGCAAUCCAGGAAUUGCAGAGCCUCCAGACUGUGCAAACCCCAAGCUACGAGGUGACGGUCGCUCUUCCGGAUGGAACACUGGUGGUAAAGGACGCAGUUUUGGACCUUUGGCAGCGGAAGCACACGGACUUCGCCCAGGAAUGCUCAGCGCUGCUGGAGGACCAUGACAAGGAGUUCAACCCGAAACAUGUGCGGCGCGGUGGCAGCGAGGUGAACGACAACAGCACUUGCGAGCUGCCGAACAAGAAGCUUGUGACAGAGGGCACCCUUGACAAGGAAGAGUUUGAGAAGAACCGCGCUGACAGGUUGACCCUCUCCUGUGGAGCUGUGCAGCUGCAUUGGUGCCCCCAGACAUCCCAGCUCUUCAUCACCAGUGAGGCACAGCAUACUGCAGAGGCCGGCAUGGAGCUGUUCAGCUUCGGGUCAGGUGACUUCUUGUCUUCGACUGAAGCCUCUGAUGUGAUGUCUGAUACGACAUCCGGGGGCCGAUGGCUUGUGUAUGACCUUUUCGGAGAAGGCGACAAGCUUGUGCUACUUGAGAGUGAUGCAAAGCUGCCCCAACACCUGCAGAGCCUGGACGUCUUCAACAAAGUUCUUUGA